AUGUCGACUGCUUUCCAAGCUCGCUCGCUCUACCGCUCGUUCUGGCGCGGGCUGUGGCACGUCUCUCGCGGCGACAUGGGUCGGUUGGCGAACCUGCGUCGACUGUACCGUCCACAGAUCAGGGAGGCCUUGCUAGACAGCGCCACGGACGAGAACACGAUUCGAAUCAACAUGCUUCGCACGCUCACUCUCCUCAACUCGUCGCGCAAAUUGACGAGGAACAUCUCGAGCCUGUCCUAUCACCACACGCCGUACCACAUCCCGCACGCCAACAACUCGAACCGCCUCGCGCAUCUCCCGAAGCCUAUCGUCUGGCAGCCGUCCGACCCGAUGCAGGUCACCAAGGCAUGGGAGAACCGACGGAAGAAUGAGCAGAAGGAUGUGACGUAUGCCAUGUCCGUCGCGAUCGACCAGGGGUUGAUGCGCAUGUGGCGGGAGGUCGAGGGCGACGUUGGAAACGUCUGGCUCGGACGGGUCACGAAGAAGCGGCACGGGGACAUGUGA